GGAACGGAGCCUCCCCUUUCUCCUCGAUACAACCACUAACUACUACUCACUGGUUUCUGUAGAAGAAGAAGAAGAAGAAGCAGCAGAGAAGUAGAGCUUCCAUGGCGCUCAGAAUGUGGGCUUCUUCUACAGCCAAUGCUCUCAGACUCUCCUCUCCUUCCAGACCUCUUCUCUCUCCUCCCUUCUCUCUCUCAAGAUGCUUCUCCGCUGUUCUGGACGGACUGAAGUAUGCAUCUUCGCAUGAAUGGGUGAAGCUUGAAGGCCCGGUGGCUACAGUUGGCAUCACCGACCAUGCUCAGGGCCAUCUUGGAGAAGUGGUGUUUGUGGAGGUGCCGGAGGCCGGCGGUUCCGUCGCUCAGGGCCGCAGCUUUGGAGCCGUGGAGAGUGUUAAAGCCACCAGUGAUGUUAAUUCCCCUAUUUCCGGCGAGGUUGUGGAGGUCAACACUAAGCUUACCGAAGCGCCUGGAUUGAUCAAUUCAAGCCCGUAUGAAGAUGGGUGGAUGAUCAAGGUGAAGCCCAGCAAGCCCUCGGAGUUGGAUUCGUUGAUGGGCCCCAAAGAAUACAUAAAGUUCUGCGAAGAAGAAGAUGCUGCACAUUAGCUAGCCGUUAAUUUCAUGAUCGAUCUGUACUGUUCCUUUUCAUUUUUAAUUAAUAUUACUGCCUUUCGUCAGCUGUUUAAUUAUCAUCAAUAUGUUCUAAGAUAUGUUUUGUCCUGAACGCAGGCUCCAAUAGAAACUAAAAAAAGUUAAUUAA